UCCGGAGAUUGACCAAAAAAUUAUCAUCCUCAAUUUCAUUUUGUGAUUGAACAAAUAAUUUUUUCGAUCCUUCUGGGAUCGGUCCGUGAGUUAAAAUGACGAAAUAUUGCCUGCUUCUGGUGUCGAUUUUUCUACUUUUAGGAUCAGUUUUGACAAAUUCAAAAAGCGACAAAAAAGAAGAAACGUCAGCAAAGCCACAUCAUACGAAACAUCACUCGAAAAGUGCCAAUAAAUCAGUAGACGAUGUAGAUGAAAUAGCGGAUGAGGGUUGGAACUACGAAAAUACUACUACUGUAGAUACUAGGAGAAUUCUAUUCAGUAAGAGAACCGAGAAAGGAAAAAGACCUUAUAUGGUAUAUCUCCAACUAACAAAAGAAUCAGCCAAGGCUCACAAGUACAGAGGCUGGUUAUGUGGAGGUGUGAUCGUUGCUAACUACUACGUGCUGACUUCAGCAGCCUGUGUUGAAGACGCCGACAGAUUCUACAUCGUCUCCGGCACCACUAAAUUCGUAGACAGCUUCGAUUAUAAGAAUGACGAAUGCGUUUGUAAACAUCGGCGCAAAGUUGUGUGGAAAUGUAUUCCCAAGAACUACAAAUUCGACUUCCAAGACAGUAUCAAGUGGUCGUCUAACGAUAUCGCUAUAGUCAAAGUAGACAAAGCCUUCAAGUUCGGUGUCCAAGAAAAAGGAUGCGAAUUUAGCACUGAUUUAAUUAUGUAUAACAAUAUCAGUAGAGAAAUGGAAAAACCUGGAACCAAGGGUUGGAUCGCUGGAUGGGGCAGCGGUAACAAUUUCAGAGAGGGUGUCUACCGUCGUCAAAAAGAUCAUGUCCCGAAGAACAGUAAGUGUCUUCAAGAAGCCAAAGUAUGCAUAAUGGACAACGAACAAUGCGCGAAGAAAUGGGCACAAAGGUUUAGGGAAAUUAUUACACAAUACAUGAUCUGCACUAAAGAUGUCAUGAAACGUCUUAGUGAAUUGUGCGAUAAAAGAUACGCGAAUUGUACGGACGUGGAAAGCCGCCGUCAAGACUCGGAGAUUCCUACGAAAGCCCUCAACGUAGACUUGGGAAGGCAUCUUAGAGACCCUGACGAUUACACGGCGAGGAGAUCAUCUAUGCAAGGAGGUUUUUGUGAGAAUGACCAUGGUGGACCUUUAAUCGUAAGAUAUCAAGGCAAAGAACGAGUUAUAGGAGUCAUUUCAGCUUGUAAGAUUGACCCUAAAAGUCACAGCUGUCAUGGACCUUUCUUAUACACAUCCAUCUAUAGAAAUCGUCAGUUCAUUUCUUGUGCUAUUCACAAAGACGUUGAGGAGAAUUGUAGAAGAGUAUUCCGUUCAGGUAUAACUCAUGAAGAGUGGUCAGUUUCUUGGGAUAAUGCUGAUGACGAUGACGACAUGAAUGAUUCCCCUGUUAAUAGAAAUGAGAAACCUCCUGCCGGACGGGAAAGUGUCGCUGAUGACAAGUCGUCAGGAGAAAGUGAAUCUAAAGAGAACGUUCUGAGACAACUUAAAGACGACGCCAAGAGUCCAAACACAGAUAAACCAAAGACAGAUAGCUCAACCCCAAAAGACGAAGGGUCAAGUUCGGAAACGGAGGCAGAAGAAGCGAAAGCGACUACAGAAAAAGCAGUGAAGAAAGAAGAAAACAAUGAAAAUACAGAGAAACCUGAGAAGCACAAGAAGAAAUCGAAGUCUAAAAAGCAUAAAGCAAAAGUAGAAGUACCAGAAGUGAAAGUAGAAACGAGUAGUCUGAAACCAGUGUCUGCAGAAGAAAGAGGGAGUUCAGCGGAGAUUCAAGUUAGAGGGCAACUUAAAAAGGACCCGGCGUCAUACGAGUCAAGUCCAGACGAUAAUGUUAACGAUCCAGACAACGAAUAAUGUUGGAUCAAUAAAUCAUUAUAAGGUUAAAUAAUAAGUAUUGGUUUUAAUUUUGUAAAA